GACCCUGAUGAUGGUGAUGGUAAAACUGCGGUAUACCUGCCCACAAAUGACAGGAGGCUGAGAUAACGAGGGGUGGGACAUGGCAUCCGCCCACUGGCGUCCGCUGGCUGUUAGGUGCCGACUGGUGGCCAGUGACGCGCCAUCCAUAUCCGCCAGCCGCUUCUUCUUGCGCAUCGUGUACACUGACCGCGCACACCGCACAACGAGCGGCCAAAGCACACCCUACUCCACUGAUAUCACCUUCCAUUCGUUUCCCAUGGUGCCAUUCCCUCGGAUAUACUACCACAUCUCAAUCUUCCUCCGUUUUCCAUCAGCUUCCUCUGUCGCUACUCCAACGGCUCUCAGCCGCUCGCCCCUCUCUCCCUAAAACCGCUUUAAAUUCCUUUUCUGUUCACGCGGAUCGAUUGACUACAUUUAGUGUAGAGCUAUUGAAUAAAGGUAGGACAAAUCGACCCAUUUUUCACUGGACGACCUCCCACCACUAUCAAAGGAGGAACUUUUUUCUCGGAGCGCCAAUCUCUCUUUCGCAAGAAGCGACGUCAUUCCUGAAGGGCUACGGUCGCUAGACCUUUCGCGGAAGAGCAUAACGGGAAGGGAAUUCGUCGAUCUCGUUGGUUCCAGCUGAGUAUUUUGAGUAUUAGGGGACCAGGUGCCCACAGUGAAUAUCGUAUUUAUCAGACGCUAUUUGCUCCUCUGUCCUCCUAGUAACUCUCGAGAAGAAACCUUGUGCACGUUCCCCGUUCGUAAUACCACAUACAUAAUCGCAUCAAAGGACAUGACAACUGCCAUUUAUCGCGCCAAAAUUCCCACACUAUUCGUAUCCAGCUUCCAUUCCGCUGCUGAUCAUUCAUCAUCUCAUAAUUACGCAGUUUCUUAUCACCAUCCUCCAUCCUUUCAACAGUCAGCUGCUGUCUCAAAAAUGACGCUUGUCGACGUUGCUUCUGUUGACGCGCAGAAUGAAACUGCCGCCGGCCUUGCAGAAGAGGCCUGCCCGACUGAAAAAGCUUCCGAUGACAUCAAGAAACCAUCAAGCAUCCACAAAGCUGAAGAAACAUACAGGACCCAAGACCACCCAACAAUACCAAAACUCCAGGCAAGCACAUCAGAGGCAUCUACGAAAAUCAACCAUUAUGUGGCGAAAUUGGAGGAUUUCCAGCUGAUCCGCGUGCUGGGCAAAGGUUGUGCUGGUAGAGUGCUGCUUGUCAAGCACGCUCAGACCCAUACCAUCCAUGCUAUGAAAGCUAUAUCAAAGCGCUCUGUAUUUACUCAUGACGAGUUUGACCAUACCAUGACUGAAGUCUCUAUCCUCCGUCGUAUCGCUAUACAAGAACCACAUAAUCGUUUCGUCUCAAAACUUCAUUUCUCUUUCACAGACCAAGAAAACUUCUACUUUGUAAUGGAAUUCUACCCAGGAGGAGAUCUCGCGACACAAAUGGAGAUCUAUGGUAUCUUGGGGGAUCACAGAACACGAUUCUACGCAUCAGACAUCACACAAGGAUUGGAAGAUUUACACCGUCAUGGUAUUAUCGUCCGCGAUCUUAAGCCUGAGAACAUCCUUCUUAAUGCCAAAGGCCAUGCUGUCUUGGCAGACUUUGGUCUCAGCAAGGAGUUUGAUUACAGGGGAGACCCAAAACCCAUUCACGCUGUGACAUAUCCCGGACAAGCAGAAUUACCUGCUUGGGCCGGCAAGGGUGCUGGAAGUUACAGAUCACAGCCCGGUGGAGGAAAAAAACUGGUUAUUGACAAAGCUUACAGUUUUGUUGGUACGUCAGAAUACUUGUCUCCUGAAGUCGUCAAACGUGGCGAUUAUUCGUAUGCCGUAGACUGGUGGGCGUUGGGUUGUAUCGUCUUUGAAGGGCUCAUGGGACGGGUUCCAUUCCGGAAAGGAGACGAAGACCCCCCUAUGGUCUUAUGGAACAAGAUAUUAUAUGACCCAUGGGACGAUUAUUUCAAAGAUCCCAAGCUGGCUAGGUAUGCCCCUGAUCAGACGACAUAUAAAUUCAUUGACGCUCUUUUACAGAAGGAUCCCAUGAGGAGGAUCACAGAACCUUGCGUGAAGCAACAUGAAUACUUCUCAAUGAUCGACUGGGGUACAGUUCAACGUGGUGAAUACCAAGAUCCGCACGGUCUUCACAUCCACCCCACCGCAGAAUACAAUACUCGAUACUUUCCUAAACUUUGCCUCCAAGAAGAUCCCUCUGUCGAUAUGUCCACUCAUGACUUGCGGGACUACGAGGUCGGUGGUGGGAAGCGUACCCCCAUGAACGACGACGCGCUAUACAAACUCGAACUCGUAAGAUAUCAAAAAGAGUUGGAGGGAUUCACCUGGUCGAAAGAUUGGGGGACUAUAUGGGAUGGUGAAGAGGAGAGCGAGAUGGAGAGUGGGGUAGAAAGCUUUAUCGAAGAAUCUGUUACUGAGCUGGGGGGAGAAGCACAGGACAAAGUAGACAGAUUGACUGAACAGCCAGUUGAUCAUGAGGAAAACGCUUCUGAUCAAAACCUCACUCCGGCAGUGUCAGGGUGCUUAUCCGCCCAAGUUGACUGUCCCGACCCUUCUAAGUCGAGUUCUCUUCUUGUGCCCCCAACGGAUUCACCGGAAAACACCCCGGUCGCCCCCAAGUUGUCUUUACCCUCCACAGCUUCCGAGUUUGAUGCCGCCACGUCCUCGCCUGCCGCUACUUUUGGCGUACCUACGCCUGCAGCCGAAGGUCUCUUCAACCCUAUUCUGUCCGGACAACUCCAGACUAACGAAGAAGACAGGCAAAAUGAAGUGAAGACACCCUUCAUGGAACUUACUCUCAAGCAACUUGAGUCCCAGGGGAUCGAAAUCACGAUUGCGACAGAGGACAAAACCCCGAUGGCCAGAGACACGGAGGUAAUGUCUAAAGGGGCAAGAGACGCUCAAGUGAAACAACUUGAGGACUUGUCUACUGAUAUGGAGUCCGCGACUGUAUUUCAGGAUGAUUUCAAUGGUACGGAUAUCACGGAGAAACCUCUCUCACCCUUCAGGUCGCUCCCUUCUCUCACUUCAUCCAAUGAGGAGCUCAUACCUUUGGUUCCACCUCCUCCUGUACCUACCAGUCUUAUUCCCCCUCCCGUCCCGGCUCAGCCAGUUUCCAUUCCUGACCCUCUUCCUUCCCAAACAAUGGCAAAUCCACAUCCUCUUUCCAUUGCUGUAUUUGAAACCCUUAAUCUUCCAACGGAUCUUCCCUUGUCGGGUCUUUCUGUAUCAGAUGUCAUUUCUGUCCCUUCCCUCUGUGUAGGUCAUGCAUCUCCACGGCUCGUUAGACGUCAUUUGCGCAGAGAAAGCGAGGUUUCUAUCCCACUUGCUCGCCUCAGUGUUGAGUUACAUGGCACGAUAACUCGCUUGGAAGAUGAAGAGUGGGAGGAGCUGGUCUCGAACAAGGAAGAUAUUCCAACUGCGCCCAACGGCGGUCCAGGAGCACCCUACUUCUUUCGUAGCUUUACAGGCCUGCGGCGUAAACCGUCCACCUUGGUAUCCUCGUCUCUGAGGAGACCAUAUGGUCCUGACUCCGACACCUCCUCCCGCGGUUCCUCUGGAAGCCUCAACAAGUCGAAUCGCAGAGAUCUCAAAGAAAGGAGAUUAUUCGGAGGGAAAAGGUCAAUUGAGAGUACCAAGAGGGCUCUUAGAGGCUUGAAAACCUUUCCCCGUUUGAAAUCCUUGGCUCAGGAAUGGGGGAAAGACAGGAUUGGAGCCGCUGGACCUGUGUCACCGUUAAUAAGCUUGCCGUCGUCAGCUCCACACCGUUCCAGCCUUAGAGUUAGCAAUGAAGGCAGUUCAUCCGAUGCUCUGGGAAGAAAGGUUCAGAUAACAAGGCCAGACGAUGCGAGGCACCACACUGAGUCAGGUUGGAUUGGUCGACAUCUCAAGAGGACAAAGCCAUCAUCAGCGCCUGCUUUACAGUCACGAGUCAUCUCAUCUUCAACUUUUAAUACUGGCAACAGGAGCGAUUCAGAUGAGCAGAGGGGGGCUGUCGGUAUGGCGGAAGGGAAAGGCACUGCCCCAAGAUUAGAAUUGGAGGAAUCCGAACCAGUUGUAUGGGGGCUUUAAGAGAUGUCUCAAGAAGACUGCUCUAACUAUUACGAACUGCAUUGUUAUUCCGACGAUUGACGAUAAACAUGCCCGAUUUUCCUGCUAUUACAAUGAUAACCUAUCUUUGUUAAUAAUUUU